UCAGGUCUGUCCAGGUCUGUCAGCAGCUGAUCGUUUGUUUUAGGAUAUUACACAGUAUUGCACUAUCUUUAUUUAGACGAAUAAAUACAGAUUUUGGUAUUAGCUGACUACAUUAGCUUUCCCUAUCAAUUGUAUUAUAAUACUCCUGCAGCCAGUGCUAUCCUACACCAUUACAUUAUAAAACAAUAAAGUAACCUAUCCAACCGGCGCAUGUAAUAUAAGGAUUAACAAUGGUUUUCAAGUGCCAGGAAGAUAGUUUUUUGAAAGAGUUUACAUCAAAAGUUAUUAAAUGUGAACCAACAAAUGAGCCAGUGGUAGAAUAUGGAAAGACAUCACCGUUUGAAGGUUUCCAAGUCACUUUGGAAAACACUAUACUGUUCCCAGCGGGCGGUGGGCAACCACAUGAUUUGGGGUGGCUGAACAGCACCGAAGUGGUCCAAGUACUCCGCAAAGGUGAUGAGGCCCUACAUUUCACUAAAGAUCCUAUUGCAGUUGGUACUGUUGUAGAUCAGAAAAUCAACUGGGAAAGGAGGUUUGACCAUAUGCAGCAACAUUCAGGUCAGCAUUUACUCUCUGCGAUAUUAGAAAAGGAACAUAAUCUACCAACAACGAGCUGGUGGUUAGGUUCGGAUGAGUGCUACGUUGAGUUGGACAGUGUCAAAGUUAGUAAUGAUGUCAUAAAGGCCACAGAAAAAAGGUGCAACCAACUAAUUACGGAUGCCGUACCAGUUAACGUUAAGUUCUGCAAAGCCAAUGACCCUGAUUUGAAUGAGGCUCAUACAAGAGGGUUACCAAAAGAUUGCAUGGAGACAAUACGAAUAAUAUGUAUUGGAACUAUUGACGAAAACAUGUGUUGUGGUACUCAUGUUUCCAAUCUCAGUCAACUGCAAAUGAUAAAACUGAUAGGAGCAGAGCCAGGGAAGAAAGGUAAAACAAAUCUCAAGUUUCUUGUCGGCAACAGAGUUACAAAAACCUUUCAACAAAUGUUGGACAGAGAGAAAGCAGUCACUGGACUACUUAAAAACGAACCAUCAAAACACGAGGAAUUAAUACAGAAAUUACAAAAGAAUUUAAAAGUGGCAAACAAGAACCUGCAAACUGUGCUCUUAGACCUCGCUCAGUAUGAAGCGGAUAAAAUAAAGAGGACCCAACCAAAGCCCAAAUACGUGAUCAUGUUUAAGAAAGAGGCAACUCCUGAAUUUAACCGGGCUGUAAUCAAGGGGUUGGAGGGAGAAGGGAUGUUCAUGUUCCUGGCUUCUGAAGAACCGGACAAACCGAAAGAGGGACAGAUUAUUAUACAAGGCCCUGAAGAACAUUGCAACGCUUUGGGAGAUAAAAUAACAGAAUUACUGAAAGGUAAAGGUGCAUUCAAGAAUGGUAAGUUCCAAGGCAAAGCUGGAGACUUGACGGCCAUGAAUAAAUGCAAGAAAUUAAUUGAGGAAUACUUUAAUAAUUUAUAAGUAAUUAUUAUAUAAAUAAAUACAGUAAACUGGUCA